AUGGCGUAUCCAAUCAUUGACGCUUGGGCCAACCCGGCUUUUCCAAUCGAGGAAGACAUGCCUGAGGUGCAACGCCUCUUCGAACAGUCUGGUGCCGAUAAGAAACUGCUUGAAAAGCGGCGGACACCAGAUGAGCUUGUUGCAUUGAUGGAUGCUGCUGGGGUCAGCCAGAUAUGCAUUUGUGCAUGGUACCGGCCCGGCCAUGCUGUCUUUUCCAACGCUGAAGUUGCCACGUUCACUCGUGCUUAUCCGGAUCGUUUCAUUGGCAUCGCGGGAGUAGAUCUACUUGAUCCAGUCUGCGCGGUUAAAGAGCUUGACCACUACGUGAAAAAGGAAGGGUUUAAAGGCUUGCGCGUGGUCCCUUGGCUCUGGGCCUUGCCACCUACUGAUGCACAUUACUGGCCGCUGUAUGUCAAGUGUGUUGAGCUUGACAUCCCCUUUCAUACGCAAGUCGGGCAUACUGGUCCCCUAUGCCCCAGCGAAGUUGGACGACCAAUUCCAUACAUUGACGAAAUUGCGCUGAAAUUCCCCACGUUGUCCAUAAUUUGUGGGCAUAUUGGCUACCCAUGGACGGCAGAGAUGAUUAGCGUAGCUUGGAAACAUCCAAACGUUUAUAUUGACACCUCUGCGCAUUUGCCCGCAUACUAUCCCAAGGAAUUGAUCCAAUUCGCAAAUACCACUGGGCGGAAGAAAGUUAUGUUCGGAACUAAUUUUCCUCAGCUUAGCUGGAAGCAGUGUGUUGAGUCUGCCCAUAAAGAUCUCAAACUCCGGGAGGAGGCUAAAGCGGACUUCUUCGGUGGAAACGCAGCGAGAGUGCUGAAAUUGGGGCAGGGAAUGAACGCGACAAAAGGAAAACUCUAA